AUUGCAUAGGUGGGUGUUUUCUCCGCGCGAGUGCCGUCUCCCGCCGUGGACGCCGUUGGUUCCGUUGUUCGACCACGGGGCUUCCCCCCCCCCCCUCCGUCGUCUCAUCCCAACUCACUUCUCGGGUCGCGGUUUGGAUUGUGUCAGCGCAGCAGCAGCAGCAGCAUCGGCAGCGACAGCCGCACCACCAGCACCACCACCACCAGCAGCAGCAGCAGCAGCAGCAGCAGCGCUGGGCUAGGCCUGACUGCACCUCCCAAACACUUAUGGACUUUGAAAAACAGGCCUAACACGCUCCACAAUCGCGUGUGAAUGGAGCAGUGUGCGAGUACGGCCUCCCUGCUGGCCUCGGUGCGGGAGCAGGAGAGGCAGUUUGAGAUGCUGAGCCGAGCUCUAGAGGAGGAGCGGAGGUCGUGUGCCGGCACCCUGCCCCGCCCCCUCCCCAACAUGCAGAACGGCCGUCUUCCCUGUGAUGCAGACAUAGAAAGGCUCACACUGAACGAGGGUUACAUCAACGGGACACAUCACUUUAGGAUGGAGCCUGGUCAGCUGAUGCAGGAGACGUACACGGUGGAGGAGCAACCCCAGGAGUCGCUACCUGUCAUCUCUGUGGAGACAAGUGAUGAUGGGACCACAAGGCGAACUGAAACCACGGUGAAAAAAGUAGUGAAGACCACCACCACUCGCACAGUCAUUCCCUCUGUGUCAGAUUCGCUUUCCCUCGAUUUGGGGGGUUCAGUGAGCGGUAUGGGGGGUUACACAGCACCUAUGGAUCGUGUUGGCAGACAGGGGCCUGGAGGAGGCAUGCCAAUGGAUUACCCUACACACACUGUCCCUCGCAACUACCAAUAUGGACCUCCAGGGGGUUACGAUGACUACCGUGUUCAAGUCCCAGUUGAGACUUACGCAAGCCUUAGCCGAGGUGCUCGCAUGGAUGAUCGCUACAGACCAGUCCAUCCAGAUGCCUACAGAACUCUGGAUCCAAGCUACAGAGCCCCCAGCAGAAACCAGCUAGACCCCUAUGCGGCUCAGCCACAGGUUGGCCGCAUGGGAAGUGCCAUGGAGCUGUCCUCCAUCCCACGGUUUGUGCCAGAGCCGUAUGGUUUGGAGGACGAUCAGCGUAGCAUUGGCUACGAUGAGUCUGACUAUGGCAUGGGACAUCCAAUGCACUACAGCACUGUGCCCCGGAAUCACCACGCCUUUCCUGGGCUGCCACGCAGGACUGGGAGUUACGAGGGCACCUUAGAUGGUGACAUGAGUGGUGCGGGGGACAUGUACUACUGGGGAGGAGGCGCACCUCUGGCCCAGGGAGAAAGAGGAAGCAUGGCUUCAUUGGACAGCACUCUGAAGAAAGGCUCUGGCUCAACAGGGUGGCGUAAACCAGAGCUGCCAGAGGUCAUUGCCAUGCUCAACUACAGGCUAGACCCUGUCAGGAGCAAUGCAGCUGCAUACCUGCAGCAUCUCACCUAUAAAAAUGAUAAAGUAAAGUCUGAUGUGCGUCGUCUGAAAGGCAUUCCAGCACUGGUUUCUAUGCUAGACAUUCCAAACAAAGAGGUUCAAAAUGCAGCUUGUGGAGCACUUAAAAACAUCUCAUAUGGCAGCGAUAAAGACAACAAGAUUGCCAUUAAGAACUGUGAUGGAGUGCCUGCUCUGAUCAGGCUGCUGAGGAAGACCCAUGAGCAGGAACUCACAGACACUAUUACAGCAACACUUUGGAACCUCUCAUCCCAUGACUUUGUCAAAAUGGAGAUUGUGGAUCAUGCGCUGCAUGCUCUCUCUGACGAGGUCAUGGUGCCCCAUUCAGGCUGGGAGCAAGGGAACAACAGAGGAGGAGAGGAGAACUGCAAGCCAAGGCAUCUUGAGUGGGAGACGGCCCUCACCAACACAACAGGCUGCCUCAGAAAUGUGAGUUCAGAGCGGAGUGAAGCUCGAAGAAAACUGAGAGAGUGCACAGGAUUGGUCGAUUCACUCAUGUACAUCGUCCAGUCCCAGAUUGAUUGCAAAGAUGUAGAUAAUAAGUUGAUAGAGAACAGUGUGUGUCUGCUGAGGAACUUGUCCUACCAGGUGCACCGUGAAAUUCCUGGUUUUGAGCGGUUUGUGGAGAACAGUCCCAUGAGCCAGGCCCCCGGCUCCUCCAGUCAGAAGGGUAGCUGCUUCAGCUCCCGCAAGAGCAAAGAUGAGUGGUUUUCUAAAGGUAAAAAAGAAUCAGAUGCAACUGCAGACACAAUAGACAUUCCAAAGAGGACCACACCAGCUAAAGGCUAUGAGCUAUUGUACCAGCCGGAGGUUGUUCACAUUUACAUCGCUCUGCUCAAGGAGUCUAAGAAUCCCACUGUGCUGGAAGCCUCAGCUGGAGCCAUUCAGAACCUCUGUGCCGGCCGCUGGAUUUACGGGCGAUACAUCCGUGCCUUGGUGCGCCAGGAAAAAGGUCUACAAAUGAUAACUGAGCUGCUGGGCCAUGGCAAUGACCGAGUGGUUCGAGCCAUGUCUGGAGCCCUCCGCAACCUGGCCAUUGAUCCACGCAACAGAGAUCUACUAGGUAAACACACAGUGCCUAACCUGGUGGCGAACCUUCCUGGUGGUCAGCAUCAGCCAACACGAGCAAUGUCAGAAGAGACAGUGGUCUCAGUAUUGAGCACGCUGCAUGAGGUGCUGGGUUCCAGUUUAGAAUCAGCCAAGAUCCUUAGGACCUCACAGGGAAUUGAGAGACUUGUGCUUAUAAACAAAGAUGGUAAUCGUUCCGAACGGGAGGUCCGUGGAGCAGGCCUGGUGCUGCAGACAGUGUGGGGUUACAAGGAGCUGCGGCGUACUUUGGAGAAGGACGGCUGGAAGAAGACAGACUUUGUUGUCAACCUAAACCCCCCCACCAACCAUCCCAGAACCAAUGGAGGAUAUGAGGACAGCACCCUGCCACUGCUAGACAAAGGUGGCAAUAGGGACCGGGAAUUGAUUCCAAUGAAUGACAUGGGACCAGACACCUACUCCACACUGGACGAGAGAGGGAGAAGGAACACUCUGGAUAACACACUCGAACCUGCUGACAAAGAUCCAAUACAGGGUGGGAUGUAUGGGGAGAGGCAGGCCUCUUUGCCUCUAAUGGAUUCUUACGAUGGUUAGGCUACACCCAUUGUCACACUGCAUGUCAGAGCAUGAAAAAUUGAUUGUGUGCAUCACAAGACGACAGCCUCCUCCCACCUACUGUCCUUGCUGAACUGACUAUGUGGGGGCCACUACACUACCGAUGACUCUUUUGCCCCUCUUCACUUCAUUUGCAGCUUUUCUUCUUUCUCUUUGCAUUCCUCUAGAACAGCUUACAUUACAAUGAAGCCAAAUGGAAACCUAAUAUGGAUCUACAAUACCUGUGGACAACUAGAUGUGACACUAUAACUUAAUGACCUAAAAACACUUAAAUACUGUGGUGACAACAUUAAAUCAUCAUGCAAGAACAAUGACAUGCCUGCACAACACUAAUGCUGUCAAAAAGCAGGGACUGUGGGUUUUAAUUUAAAGACUGUAGUUCUCAUCAUGUUGUAAAGUUCUGAGUUUAAUUAAACAAAUGAAAAGUAACUGUUGGUAUCAGAACACUACUAUUACAGUACACUCUGCUUCUGCUUAUAGAAACUGAAGGGGUCUAUUUUCCCCCCCCAUACUCUGAUUGUUGAUGUUACAAGAAUAAUAUGUAAUCUCCUGCCAGUGAGAACAACGCUUGAGCUGAUCAGAUACUUGCUUCUGUUAUGGUAGUGGCUUUUUUUAUUUGCUUUGCUCUGUACCACAGUAAUGUACGUGCCAAAUGGCACUGCUACUGCCACGACUGCCAAAACUGACUCUACACACUCAACUGUUUUACAACAACUACAUUAAAAAUGAUUAUAUCUAGCUUAAUUUUCUAUGAAAUCCGUGUCGAAAGAUCCUCGCUGAGAUGCAUGGGGAUUCUGCAUUUCUGUAUUUGAUGGUGAUCCAUAAAUGGAAAGGUGACAGACACAUCAGUUCUUCCUCACCUCAAUCAAUUGGACAGUAUAAAUUGUGCUGUGUUUCUUUUUGUUAAAUAUAUGUCAUGGGAUUCAGUGAAUGCAUUUCCUUUUAUCUGCAGGUCUAUUAUCUUAUGAAUGUGUACAUACAUGCUUAGAUUGUCUUUACCAGUGGGCUAACUGGAGUGCCUCACUCUUUCAGAAUCUGUUUGAUGGAUGUAUCCAGCAUGAGGUGGCUAGUAUAAAGAAGUCAGCAGUGCUCACCUCUGAAAGAUAACUCAAUGUGUGGACUUUGUAAGAGUUGAUUUUACUUUUUAGUAUUGGUUCCUAUGAGGUAUAAACAUUUUGAGUUCUGCAUAAUUUUUGCAAUACAAACCUGGUACAGACUAGUACAAAGGAGAUAACACUACUGUUGGAUAUUACCUGUUUCUUUAGUACGCUGCUUGUUCUGUAGAAAAAUGGAUAUUCUUAGUGCAGAGUGAGAUGUAGAUAUGAUGAUGAUUAAAAGAAGCACUAGGGGUUAUAAUGUGUAUUUUUCUUACUUUUUUAUAACCUUUCUUUUGAUUUCCAUAGCAAUUGGAACUUAAAAGAGAAAUCUUAAUUUUCGUAGUGACACGUUGCCUUCAAGAAUGGACUCACUAAAAGAGGCAAAUAGAGAAAAGCAAGGAUUUGUUAGAAAUCUGUGAGGAGGCAUAGAGCAGAAUUUGCUAUUGGAUAGUGGAGAGAAACAGCACAUUUAAACUAUAUAUAUAUACACACACAGAGACGAGGAUAUUUGUUAAUUACAAUGGUUUUAUGUAUUUUUUUAUAUUGAUUUGGGUUACAUUGCUUUUGGGUGCUUGGGGUGAAUGCAUAUGCAAUCAUUGUUUUAUGUUUGGAUUGAAAAUGCUACUUAAGUUAGCUAAACAAAAUCCUCCCAACACAGUCCUCAUAUACUGGAACACUAAUGGAAAAGAAUAUUAGAUUUUGAAAAACACCAUAAUCUUUUGCCUUGGCUAAAAGUUGCACAUUUAUCAUCUUAUAAAAGAAUUAUGUAACUAGCAAUACUGUUUUUAAUAAAAUUAUUUGGUCACAG